AUGUCAAGCCCGGCAAAGAAGAGGAAGCUCAACAAUGCGGCGAAAAAUGAGAAGCCACCGCCAAAAGGGCUAGAGUACUUCUUCUCGAAGCAGAAACAGAACGGAGGGAGCUCGUCUGCGGCCCUGGGUAGCUGCCAAACGGAAAAGGCCGACGCUGCGUUAACUGAUGAAGAGCUCGCCCGCAAGCUACAGGCCGAAUGGGACAAGGAGGCGACUCAAGUGAAUCUCCAAGAACCAGCUGAUGUCGGAGAGCCGGCAGUAGCCGAAUUGACUCGAAAGGAUGAGCCGGGAGACUCAACGGAACCACACCCCGAUGUACACGAGCAGCCAGCUCCUGUGGCCAUUCUUGGCGGGAAAAAGACUCUCGCGCUUCAAUCUGCGGGCAUGGACGAAGAUGUUAUCACGAUAACCCUGCCGCUGGAUGAACCGCCGCUGACAUUCGAGCCAUCCAAAUACGUUGAACGGCUCAAGGAGCAUUGGUCUAAAGAUGGAGGCAAUGCCUCGUACGCUCUGCUUACUAGAUGCUUUGUGCUUGUCAGUGGGACAGCGAGCCGCAUCAAGAUUGUGGACACAUUGGUCAAUUGCUUGCGGUUACUGAUCGAAGGUGACCCGGGGAGUCUCCUACCGGCGGUUUGGCUGGCGACAAAUUCAAUCUCACCAUCGUAUAUAUCAAUGGAGUUAGGCCUAGGAGGGUCAGCCAUUUCCAAGGCACUGAAGCAAGUCUGCGGCCUGGACGGCCGAUCCCUCAAGACCUUGUACGACAAGUACGGCGAUGCAGGUGAUGUGGCCUUUGAGGCGAAGAAGAAGCAAAACUUCACGCUCAGAAAGCCUAAGCCGUUGUCUAUCCAAGGGGUGUAUCAGUCUCUUGUCAAAGUGGCGACUACGCAAGGCCAAGGUAGCAACGAGGUCAAGCAGCGCAUCGUCGAUCGGCUUUUGCAGGAUGCUCGUGGCGGCGAAGAGAGUCGGUUCAUAGUGCGAACGCUGUGUCAGCAUCUUCGAAUCGGCGCAGUCAAGACGACAAUGCUCAUUGCCCUUUCCAGAGCAUUUCUGCUUUCCAAGCCAGCGAAUGCCGAGUAUGAGACGCGCAACACACCCGCACUCGCAAAGCUGAAGAAGGAAGAACUCGCCGAAGUAUGGGCAAAGGCGGAGGAGGUCGUCAAGGCCUGUUUUGCGAAGCGUCCAAAUUACAACGACCUGAUCCCCAACCUCUUGGAGAUUGGCGUCUGCGAAGAGCUUCUCGUCCGAUGCGGCCUGGCGCUUCACAUCCCACUUCGACCCAUGCUCGGAAGCAUCACUCGAGACUUGUCGGAAAUGCUCACGAAGCUGCAAGGCCGCGACUUCACAUGCGAAUACAAAUAUGAUGGCCAACGCGCACAGGUACAUUGUGACGAAGAGGGUAAAGUCUCCAUUUUCUCCCGGCAUCUGGAAUUGAUGACGGACAAGUACCCAGACUUGGUAGAACUGGUGCCAAAGAUACGGGGAGACGGCGUUUCGAGUUUCAUCAUGGAAGGUGAGGUCGUGGCUGUGGAUAGUGCCAGUGGCGAACUGAAGAACUUCCAGGCUCUCACGAACAGAGCCCGAAAGGAUGUUGAGAUUGGGAGCAUCAUUGUUCAAGUAUGCCUAUUCUCAUUUGAUCUGAUGUACUUGAACGGACAGUCGCUGCUCAGUCGGUCGUUGCGAGAGAGGCGAGAACUGCUGAGAUCUCUCUUCACCGAGGUGCCCAAUCGCUUUACUUGGGUCAAGAGCCUGGAUGCUUCUUCGACCGAGUCAGAGACCGUGUUGAGCUUUUUCAAGUCGGCAACAGAAAGUAAAUGCGAGGGCAUCAUGGUGAAGAUUUUGGAUAACCUUCCAGAUGUCGCCUAUCUUGGAGGGGAAGAUGGUGAGGCUAAAGAGGAGGAGCCCAAAUUGCAACUCCCGAUAUCAAAGUCUAAGGCAAAAGGGAACAAGAAAAAAGACGCAGAGUCGAAUGAGCCACCCAAGAAAAGGUCAAGGCGAAAAGCAUUGCUGGCUACGUAUGAGCCAGACAAGCGGCUGGAUUCUUGGCUCAAGGUCAAGAAGGAUUAUAGCUCGAGCUUCGACACACUGGACCUGAUACCUAUAGCGGGAUGGCACGGCCAGGGCCGCAAAGCCAAGUGGUGGUCGCCGAUUUUACUGGCUGUGCGAAACGAAGAGUCGGGGACGCUGGAGGCUGUCUGCAAGUGCAUCUCUGGAUUUACCGACGUGUUUUACAAAGCCAACAAGGCAUUCUACGACGAGGGUGCAGAGACCGGCGAGCCCAAGAAUACCCGUCUGCAGAUGCCCAGCUUUAUCGAAUACUCCGGCCCGAUGCCCGAUGUCUGGUUCGAGCCGCAGGAAGUGUGGGAGAUGGCGUUUGCCGACAUUACGCUGAGUCCCACAUACACGGCGGCGAUUGGGCUUGUGAGUGACGAGAGAGGGCUGAGUCUCCGAUUUCCACGAUUCUUGAAGAAGCGAGACGAUAAAAGCAUAGACGAAGCGAGCACGAACGAGUUUCUCGCAGGCCUGUGGCGGAAACAAGAAGCAUCGGCCAGUCCGGCGGGCAAGGCCAGGCCUGCGGGAGGAGACGAAGAGGCGGAAUAG